UCUCCAUAGGCUGCCAUGCAUGACCAACAACAUUUGCUCCAGCCACAAAAAAUUUUUUCGCGCAGAUGUAAAACGGCGGUGUAACACUGCAGACGCGUUUAACGGUAUAACGGGCGAUUUGUCGAAACUUUCCUAUGCGAAGAAAAAAAAGAAGAAAAAAGUGUUGUGAAUAUAAUCACAUGGAAAAAGUGGAAGUGGUCGGGCGACAACACACGAUUUGUGGCUGUGCAUUUAACGAUUGAGUAGAAAAUUUAUGCAGCAAAACAUUUCGAUUGUUGUAAACAAAUUAACUGCUUGGCUUUAGUGGGCGCAUGCGCCACCGCAAACGCCAUCGGUUGAUCAGGAGAAAUGCCUUAAAUGCGCAUACGUGAAAGAAAUCUCUCAAGUGUGCAUACAAAAAAAUUCCAACAUUCUCCAUCGUCGAACGUCACACGUCUCCUGCGCGCCGUCGUAACGACAACAAUAAAAAUAACAGUUGUUUGGUUGUGCAAGUAAAGAAAAUAACAAAUCAAAGAAAGUGUAAAAUUAGUUUUUGAUAAAACGAGUCUAGAUGAGUGAAAAGUGACCGAAUUGUAAGGUGCAGAAUACGUACGUGUGCGUAUGCGCAGUGUAAAAAUUACCGCAAUCACCGUUUUGUGCUACUCAAAAAAAAAACAUAAAUUCCCUUGUCAAUUAUCAAUUGUCAAUAAUUUCUAUUUAAAAAUCCACAAUGGUCCUCGGUCUUGGCGCUGCUGCCGGUGUCAUCUUCAAGGCAAGCGCCGGCUCGAAAGCGGCCGUCACAGCGGGUGCGGCUGCGGUGGGUGCCACCAAGUUGGGUGUUGCCAUUGCUGGCGCUAUCAAAAUCGCCACCACCGUGAUUGGCGUGGGCAAAUUGGCUAUCCUGCCUUUUCUGGUAGCUGCCAUAGCCUACUACAAUUAUGAUCUCUUCGAUCCGGAGAAUAGGCCAUUCAAUGUGCCAGAGGUAUCGUUGGCCUACGAUUUCAUCAUUGUGGGUGGCGGCUCGGCGGGAUGUGUGUUAGCUUCGCGUUUGUCAGAAGUGACACAUUGGCGAAUUUUGCUGCUGGAAGCAGGCGGCCAAGAGACGGAGAUCUCGGAUGUGCCGCUGUUGUCGUUGUACUUGCACAAGAGCAAAUUAGAUUGGAAAUAUCGCACCCAACCCCAGGACACUGCCUGUCAGGCGAUGAAAGAUCGGCGAUGUUGUUGGACUCGCGGCAAAGUGAUUGGCGGCAGUUCAGUGCUUAAUACUAUGCUCUAUAUACGCGGAAACCGUCGCGACUUCGACCAGUGGGCAUCUUUCGGCAAUCCUGGUUGGGGUUAUGAAGACAUAUUGCCCUACUUUCGCAAAUCGGAAGACCAACGCAAUCCAUAUUUGGCACGUAAUAAACGCUACCACGGCACAGGGGGGCUCUGGACGGUGCAGGACUCACCCUAUAAUACGCCGCUUGGUCCGGCCUUUCUGCAAGCUGGCGAGGAGAUGGGCUAUGACAUUGUUGAUGUAAAUGGUGAACAGCAGACCGGCUUCGCUUUCUAUCAGUUCAAUAUGCGUCGCGGUUCGCGCGCCUCCACCUCAAAGAGUUUCUUGCGGCCAGCGCGUCUGCGUAAAAACUUAGAUGUGGCGCUUUUCGCACAUGUUACCAAGGUACUGACGCAUCCGGAAACGAAACGCGCCAUCGGUGUGCAGUUCAUACGCGACGGUCGUCUGCAGACUGUUUAUGCUACACGCGAAAUCAUACUCUCCGCCGGCGCGCUCAGCUCACCGCAUUUGAUGAUGCUCUCGGGCAUCGGAUCGGUCGACGAGCUCCAACGUGUAGGCAUACCGUUAGUGCAGCAUCUGCCUGGUGUGGGACAAAAUCUACAGGAUCACAUUGCAGUGGGUGGCAUUGCAUUUCUCAUCGAUUACCCGAUUUCGAUUGUGAUGAAGCGUAUGGUAAAUAUUAAUACGGCUUUGCGUUACGCCAUCACCGAAGAUGGACCGCUCACGUCCAGUGUCGGCUUGGAGGCGGUUGCUUUCAUCAAUACAAAAUAUGCCAAUGCCAGCGACGAUUGGCCCGAUAUGAGCUUUAUGAUGACCUCGGCGUCGGUCAUGUCUGACGGUGGUUCUCAGGUGAAAAGUGCGCACGGUUUAGCCGACGAAUUCUACAAUGAAGUCUUUAGUGAAGUGAAUGAUCGUGAUGUCUUCGGCAUCUUUCCCAUGAUGCUACGUCCCAAGAGUCGCGGCUUUAUUAAACUAGCCUCCAAAAACCCGCUACGCUAUCCACUGCUCUAUCACAACUACCUCACACAUCCGGACGAUGUCAAUGUACUGCGCGAAGGUGUUAAAACCGCCGUCGCCAUGGGCGAGACUCAGGCGUUAAAGCGCUUCGGCGCGCGAUUUUGGAGCAAACCAUUACCGAACUGCAAACACUUGCCACACUUUACCGACGAGUAUUGGAAUUGCGCAAUACGUCAGUACACCAUGACCAUCUAUCACAUGUCAGGCACUGCGAAAAUGGGUCCACCCAGCGAUCCUUGGGCAGUGGUCGAUCCACAAUUGCGAGUUUACGGCGUGCCUGGACUGCGUGUAAUUGAUGCGAGUAUUAUGCCCACCAUUACUAAUGGCAACAUCCAUGCGCCAGUGGUAAUGAUAGCCGAGAAGGGCGCCGACAUGAUAAAGGAGCUAUGGCUCAGUAGCACGCAGUGGCGUAGCAAGCGACAGGCGCCUGAUUUGCAGCCCAUUUGCAACAUAACCGAAGCAAUGGGGAGCACAAGAAAAAGGACGAGCGUGGCGGGUGCCUAGCGAAAAUCAACGAACGGAAGUGAAGACACAUCCAUCCUUGGGCAGAGUAAUAGAAUAGAAAAAUAGUUCGAGAUUCAUUUGAAGAAAAUAAACUUUUGAACAGGCACUAAGGCAAUUGAGCAGUACUUGGUGUAGGGGUAGGAAAAGUGUGUUCUUUCGAAUAAGUUUGAUAGCAAUUUCUUCAAUGGUCGAACUAUAAAUUCUGCUUAAAUCUAGCACUUGACCGCUGAUGCUUAGAAGCAGCAUUAAGUCAUUAGUCAGUUCAUUACUUAGUAGUUAAAGAA